AUGACUGGAUACUCAAACUGCUCCACUAACCACACUAACAUUUGGAGUCAUUAUUUAGUACUUGCACUGGGCAUCCCUCAACUGACCAUUAACAUAGCAUCUGUGAUCUUCAACUGCACUGUCAUCUUCACCAGAAUGGCAACAAAGGAUCUGCACAAGCCUAUCUCUAUACUCUUCUGCAAUUUGGCCUUUUCUGAUCUCUUCACCAGCUUUUCUGGCUUUUGGAUUUCGAUGCUGUUCAUCACCAAUCCUGACAUUACAAUCUUUGGCUCCAAGGAUAUGCUUGCACCUUAUGCCUUAUAUACUGUGUCUAUUUUAUCCACCAUCUAUAACUUGGUAAGCAUUGGAAUUGAACGCUAUCUGGCUGUGGCUAAAAGCAUGAGGACAAGAUUCAGGGUUGCUAGAAACCAUUCUAUUGCUGUAGUUUUAAUUAACUGGGUCCUUGCUUUCUUUUUGGGCUGCUUGCCAUUGAUGGGGUGGAACUGCUUGCAUAUGGGAAAAAAUCUCUCUGUCCUCUACAGCCCGUUUUGCGUUAACUACCUCAUCUUCAUCGCCAUUCCCAAUGUUGUGGUGGCUUUUAUUAUACCUCUGUUCACCUACCUUAGAAUCAUUAUCAUCCUGAGGAAAAGAAAGCUGAGAAUGAAGGCAUGUGGACAAGCUACUGGCACCUACAAAUCAGCUGAAAUCCAGGUUGCCAGAACCAGCAUUUUUAUUUGGCUCCUGGCGUUGAUCUCCUACGCUCCUUUUUUCGCAGGAGUCAUAUUUGACGCGACUAACCAUCAGUGCCCCAUCGAUCUCUACCCAGGCAUCUACAUCUUUCGAAACUGCACGGCUAUGCUGAUAACCAUGAACUGUUUGGGAAAUCCCAUAAUAUAUACCCUGAAAGCCAAAACGCUGGGGGCUAAACUCAAGGCUCUGAAAUGCCUCUCCGCCAGCCCGGUGCGAGCCUGCACCAUCGAGAACAUCUAGCCGGGACUGCCCCGGUCGAUGGAGUCAGGGAUCGGAAUUCAGGCCGGGCUCCCGCCCGCUCCCCGCGCCCGGGGCGGUUCAGCACCCAGCGAGUGGACAGCUCCGGGGCGCGGAAACGGGCGCGGAGAG